UGUACGAACAACAGUGUGUAUAAACUAUAAAGUAUCCUCCGUAGCGCGACUAGUACUUUUUACCAUGUUAGAAAUUUCGCAUCAAGUCGAACCCAGUCGUCAAGCACUUUGCUCCCCAGCAAGUCACAAAACUUGCACGUUCACCACACAACAAUGGUCGAUCCCCUUCGACCCUGGGAGCGCCGCAAUGGCGCUCGGGUUAGCCUCGCAAGCGAUGCGCUCCAACGCGCAGUUGGCACAAGCUUGACGGCGCCGACCUCUGCCUCGACUGCGGGGCCCUCCCACAACACCACCUCCGCAGUGCGCGGGCACACUUCGACCCCCUCCUCCGCCCUCGGCUCCCCGUUCGCCUACACAAACGCAAACGGCAACACCACCCACUUCGGCGCGCUCCCGCGGUACGAGCACCGCACCACCACCACCUCCCACUCGUCAACACUAGACGACUCCUCCGCCACCAACCCCACCCUCCAGAGCCACCCAACCCGCCGCCCGUCCCCAAGCGGCUGGCACCCAUCGACAACGCCGGGCCACGACCCGCUCACCCCCACGACCUCAGCCCACCACGCCCGCACCCCACCCGCGCGCCGCCGCCGCAGCCCGUCUCCCUUCCGCCUGCGUCCCUCCCCUUCCCCCCGACGCCGCACCCCGACCCCAUCCUCCUCCUUCCGCCUACGCCCAUCCCCAACCCGCCCGCGGGCUUUCAUUUUCACCACCGCCGACACGGCCGCGGCCGCCUACCAGUCGGACACGGAUCACAUCCGCUCGCCGUGUCGUGGUCGUGGUUGCUCGCCGGCUCGCCUGUCCCCCCCGCCGUGCACGCCGCCGCACCAGAUUAGGGGUGCCCCGGGUGGUGGUGGGUGGUCGGGGUAUAGUGCGUAUGGGUAUGAUGGGGGAUCGGCUUAUGGAGAUGAUGGAUAUGCGACUUGUGAGAGUGGUGAUGGUGUGCAAUAAUGCACCUUACUUGCUUUCGGUUGUUGAAGCACGGAUUCGGCACUGCUGCCUGCCUUCACAAAUACCAACCCCCAAAUGAUACCCCGCUUCCAUAAUAUUGCAUUGUCAGCUUUACCUACCCACCUCCCUUAUGUACUUUAUCCAGUCGCUGGAAAGCUUGGAGAGAUAUGGCAUCCUCAUCUAACCAAGCAUCACCUCGGCUUUGGCCUGACUUUGCCCUCAGUUGGCUCAACAACCAAAUCAGACCCAGGAAGUCGGAAAUUCGUCGUUUCACCGAGUAUCUCGCUGGCGUCGGGAUGGUACGGGUGAACGAGCAAAGGAGGAAGCGAGAGUUGCCUGUUUUUGAGUUUACAACUAUCUUGUAGGCACCGCUGUUACACAACUGGGAGCUUGGUAGAGGAGUUGGGAAGAUAAAGAGUGC